AUGCCACGACACACAUCAGCACCCGGAACAGAAUCGGUGUGCACCACACAGGAGGACACAGCACGAAGCAAAGUAACCAAACACGUUGUCAACGUCCCGAAAACGGACGUUGACGAAGGCUAUUGGGACACCCCCUCUUCAAAAGCUAUACCAAGGACAAAACAAAUGGAGAGGUCGCGCAGGGGUCCAAGUAUGGCACUCACACAAAAAGACUUAACCAAAAAGCUCGCCCACUUCGUCCAAAUUUCGACACCACAGGGAGGAGGCGCAGGGCAGGCAGUGACACUUGUCCACGUGUCAAUUUCGCUUCAAACCUUUGUGUUCGAUCGAGCUCAACCCGAGGCGACACCCCCAAACCGUACAUCGGAACCCUGUCGGACCGCAAGUAGAUGGACAGUCUGAGGAGUCUCGUGCUCUGCUACGUCCUUCAGGGAACAGUAUGAAAACCGAGGACAGCUCAGUACGCGUGCUGAUGUAAGCACGGAAAAGAGGAGGAAAUUAACAAGACGAAAAGGGGUAACUGAAGACGGUAACAAGGGGACUCGGCUUGACGAGAAAGCAAAGGACAAGAGAAGGUACUGAGGAAAAGAGGAGGAAAAAAGGGACGAAGAGGGUGCGACUGCAGUGACGGAGGCGCACCAAGAAAGCAACAAAUAAGAGGAGGUAAUCGGUGGAUUGAGGGGAGCCCUUGAGGGUAGCUGGACUUGUAUGAGAAUCCCACACCGGCACGACAUCGCCGGACACGGGGGUCCUUCGGUUCGGAUGGGGUCCCGAUGGAGGGACAGACGUGUCAGACAUCAGCCACGGGGAGGAAGAGUCGUCUUGUCCUUGCUCGACCGCCCUUUUAAAAAAGAAAAAAGGGGUACCCGCGCGCUGGUAGGAGGGAAAGCAGCAGCAGAUAGUGCAGGGGGAGACCUUCGGUCGAAGGAUGAGGACGACGGAUGGACGCGCGAGGUGGAAGGGGAAAAAAAUCGGAAGAUUAUACGAGGAGUUGGCGAUGGGCAAGGACGCUCAGAAGGGGGAUAUGUAGUACCCGUCUCGGUUAGGGGGGUGAAAGGAAGUGAGAAAAGGAAAAAAGUUGGA